UAAGAAAGCGACAGCAUUUGUCAAAAUUCAUCGUUAUAUGUCAAUCAUAUCAAAUGGUCGCAUUUCAAAAUUCCAGUAGAAUGCAUGAAGAUAAUAAGAAUGUCUAAAUAUAAAGAAAACAAUUUGAGUUCGAACACAGUAAUGUUAAAGAAUAAUGAACGUAAAUCGAAGAUGUAAGUCAGAAGGAUCAUUGCUAGUAAUUGAGUCAGAUGAAGAAUUUACAGAUGCCCAAACCGUUAAACAAAGAAUAUUCGAUGAGCUCAAACGAAUUAUAGUCCCUCAGUUGAAUUUAGCUCAUAACAAUAGCUUUAAAUGUCCUUUCUGUUGUCCUGAACUCCACGAAAGUGAUAGUAUAUUAUACAGAUGCCCUAUAUGUUUCCAAAAGGCUACAAAGAUUAAGAAACAUCGCGAAAUAGUGCCAUAUGUAGCUAAAAGUCAACCGUCGUUCAGUCUCACAGACAUUAAAUCUGAAAAACUCAUAAAGCAAACUCUGGCUAUUGAAGAUGCUAAAAGAUCUGCAUCAAACAUACAAGAAAUUUCAAACACACUAAAACAGCUUUAUAAGGCACGUGAUCUACUAGAUCCAGUAAUAAAUGAAAUAAUUUUGAGCGCCUCGCAAUUAACCGUUAGAGAAAUUCAUGAAUUUCGAAAGGAUAACUAUCCUAUUUGUUAUAUUACCGCCAAACAGUUCAAGGACACAUCUGAUGUCAUAAAUAUGUUUUUAAAGGUUGUUGAGGGGCUUUCCGGAAAGCGAUCUUCCUUACCUACAAACACAACAUCAAAUUCACUUUCUUAUUUUAAUGAAAUUAUAGUAAAUACAUUGUAUUUAGUGAAUAAGGAUGAUCCUUAUGGAAGUCCUGAUGAACAGAAGGUUUAUGUGGACAAAUUUGUACUGAAGGAGUUGAUUCAACUCCACGAGGUACUGGGAUGUACAAUAGCAGUGAUUCAAGAUGCAGAAAGAAAGGAGCGACGGAAACCAAUAGAUCUUUCACCCAAAGAAUCAGAAUCAAUAGAACUUACAAGGAAACUUUCUGCGGCAUCCAAAGCUUCCUUAUCGCACAAACAAAAAACGCAUAAAGAAAGCAAGUCGAAGAAGUAUAGAUCGCCUAAGCCCUGCUCAGUAGGAGCAAGUAAAGACCGAGAAUGCAGAGGAGUACAUGUCAAACCAGUCAAAAGGCCUUUACGAGCAAUGGCUGAAAUGGCAAAAUAUAAGGAAUGUUCGCGAGGUGAUAAGAAACAGUGCAAGCGUUCUGAAACAGAUAAGGAAUGCCAAAAGAAAGGACUAUUUGCAUGUUGUAACAGAAAGAAAUGCAAAAAAGAAGGAAGAAGCAUGCAGGAUGUCAACAAGAAAAAAAGCAUUAGCUUUGCAGAGUCAAAGGACAACGUACUUUUGGAAUUCAAAAUUGAUGGCAGGCCCAUUCAAAUAAAAAUGGACAAGAAUACCAAGGAAUAUUUGGUCAAAUCACUUCAAAAAAGCAAAGCCCUGAAUAUAACAGCAAGCGAUGAAAAAUCUCCUAAUGCGCAAGAAAGUUCAAAUUUUAUCAAUAGCGUCAUGCUCGAUCGUCAUGACUAUUGCAAGAAAGGAUCUCCUUACACCGUUGAAUGUAACUGCGACUCUGAUGAUUCGGUAUUACUGACACAGCCCAGCCCUGAUUCACGUUGUACUAGUGGAAAACCACAAUACGAAAGUGGAGGUUCCUCCAGAAACUUCGAAACAAGUUCGUUGAGAAAAGCCGAGGACACGCAUACACAAACGAAAAAUUCAAAAACCUCAAUGGGUCUUUGUAAGACAAAAAAUGCAUUUGGCAAACAAAAUGGCCCUUGCCCAUUUGUUUGUCUCAAUUAUGCUAGAGAUACACAAACGUUACAUUUGGUUAAGACGCAUGGAUCUCAGAGAUACGAUUCUGACUCCAAUUCAGUUAGUUCUAAGUGCAAUAGUGGAGUAGCAAAUAUUUAUCCUAAAAGUGACGAAGAAUCCACCGGCAUUCAAAUGUUUCUACCCUCUACUAGGAAUAACUGCAUCUGGAAUUCACAGAAGCGUCUUUCUGACCCUGACAGUAAACUUUUCGAUCAAUCUAUUAGCCUUUUCUCUCUACCAAAAUGUAAUUAUCAACCAGAAAGUCCUCCAAAUACCAGAAACAUUAAUGACGUAUGCUGUCAAAAAGAGAACACACAAUUAAAAUACAAUUUUGAGAAUGAUGAUUACCGUAAAACCCAUAAAACAUCUCAAGGUACUGAAACUCAUUGCGUUGAAUAUACGGCUUUUAGGUGUAUUGCCGAAAAAGACACAGAAUUAAUUCAAUCACUAGAAUCUUGCAAUUAUUCGCCUUCAGAAGAUUGUUCGUACGGCUCUUUAAUGAGAAAAUAUACUGUCAUCCACAAUCAAACCAAACCAGGUUAUAAAUCAUGUAAAGGAACAUCGGAAACAAGUUUCAAAGUUUACACAGCUUUGAAUGCGCAAGGUACGAUGGAACAAGGUUCAAUUAAUCAACGCGGUGCUUUAAACGUUUGCUGUAAAUGUAGAAAAAAGCUUCAAAAUGAAGAAGAUAAAGGUGAAAGUACAAAAAGUGGUGAAGAAAGAAACGAUUCCGUCGCCAUUCAAACUUCACAACAUUCACUAAAAGAAUCGGCAGUAGGUUCCUCACAAACUGAAGAUAAGGGAGAUCUUCAGACUAUGCAGAAAAAUGCUUCAUUGCAACCACCGUCUGAACCAUCUGCCUGCUUUCAAAAAUCCAAUUCAGCCCAGACUAAUUCUGAUUUGAAACAAACGUGCUACAAAUUUCCUAGGACAUGUAAUCGUGGGUGUUUGAAGGGAGAAUCUAGAGGACGGAUCCCCAGUGUUACACUACCAAAUGAUUCUCAAGAUAAUACAACCGAUAAAUAUACUGUAACACAAGAAUCAACGUUAAAAGGGUCAAACGAAGAUUUUAAAAGCGUUCAAAACGAUUUCAACACAUCUCCUAAGACAUACAAUGAAGCAAUUCAAGGUACUUCCAAUGACAAAUGUCGAGGCUGUUUGAAAGGACAAUCCAGGAAUCGAAAUCCCUGUAAUACACCGCAAAAUAAUUUUCAAGAUAAUACAACUGACAAUUACACAGCUUCAACACAGGAUCCUAAGUUAAAAGAGCCAACUGAAGAUUUUAAAAGCUUUCAAAAUGAUUUAAAAGCAGGAGAAAUGCACUUCGUAUGUAAGGGAAACAAACAAUGUCGUGGUCGUGCUGCACAAUAUUCCUACCUAAACCCACCUUCCUUUCCGGAAGGAUCAACUAACGAUUUUGAAAAUUUACAAGAGGAAACAAAAUAUAUUACCUGUAAGGAAAAUAGACUAUGCGGUGGCCGUGGAGUACAAACCGGUGAUAGAAUAGUUUGUCCAGAAGCAGCUAAGGGAACUCAAACCUUGCCCAACCAAUGCACUUCGGAAACAGAAAAGGAAUCAUCUUUUAUGUGUUCAGCCGUUCAAACUAACGAUGAAGAUCAAUUUUCACGUUAUCGAAAAGGAAGUAGAAGCUACCAGGAAUCAGAAAACAGAAGUAAUAAUAACGUUGAAAAAACAGAUCGUCAUUCUUGUACAGUUGUGACUUUAUGUAGUUCCACGUCGAUUGACAGCAAAUGUAAGUCAGAUAAUGCUGAAAUACAAACUGAUGAACACGUUAAUCCGAAUUCUGAAAAAGAACAAUCGGAAACACAAAAAGAAUCUCAGUCUAAUAAAGAUGCGGAUGUCUCGUCUUUGCAGAUACAAACCGGUUAUGGCACAGGAAAAAAAGACCUAAUGGUCAUUAAAAUAGUGGUUCCUGAAGCCGCGGCGGCAGCGAUAGAACAAAGUUUGAUGGAUGAAGCCACAACAACUCCGGAGUCCAGUAAUAAUUUGCCAGUGGCAGUUGAAAUUGUCUCUUCUUUCUCUACAAACGUGAAAGUCCUCCGAUCUGAUGCAGACAUGUGCUCCGGUUCAAGACGACCUUCUAGGAAAUCCGACAGGAGCGUAGAUAAAACCUCACUGAGCCGUCAUAUCACACCAGUAAAGAAUCUUUUACCACCUCGCCAUAUGUCUGCCAAUCGUGUAAAAGUUUCGAAAGCGACAGUUUCACGUCCUGGCAUCAGAGUUAACUCCGAUUCGAUCUGUCGAUGUAAUCAGUUACCUCAAAUUCGGAGAUACGAUAGACUUUCAGACCCAAAUAAAAAAAAAAGUAACUUCCAGGGAGAACUGAAUGAUUGUGAAUGUAAAUCCUGCUCCUGUCCAUCUCUAGUGAAGUUCGACGAUGUAAAAGGAAAUAAUAUUGUUCCUUCUUCAAAAGUUAUAAAAGAUCGAAGGGCAUCUCCUUCUAAAAAUGUUGGCACAUGGAGACAGACAGUUCUAGAAGCGAUUUACAGAUUAUUGUUUGGCGAAAACUGUGAGAAUUUUAAGAAGGGUCAGGAAUGUGAAAUUGAUGUAGAAGAUACAACUACGACUGUUAAAUAUUCUCAAGAAUGUCAAUGUCCUUCCAUUCAUGCUUUUAGAACUCACGAUAAAAAGGAAUCGGUAACGUAUAGGUGCAAUCUUGUAAGUCCGAAUUUCGGAGAUUUAUCUGUCAUGAGAAACGCAAUCGACAGAGAUCUUAUAAGUCAAUUGGGCGACAUAUUGAAAGUCAAGUCAUCUAAGCUCAGCAGGAAAGGAAACAAACUCGAUUUGUCACUAGUAUUGUCUUUUCAAACGCAGACGGCGACAAGAUUUAAAACCAAAGAAACCAUUUCCUGCAUUACUGAACCCCAUAAUAACUUGAACAUAGGAAAUGCCGCUUGGGGAAUUAGAGCUGAUUUUAAAACAGAAAAAGGUUUAUUUAAAAAUAAUAAAUUCUCCAGACAAAUUACCUCAACUUCGUUUCUCAAAAAUAUUUUGAGGAAACAUUCUUGUCGUUCAAUUCUUAUAAAUCCACUGGUAGAAAACUCUUUACAAAAUGGUCAAAAGUGGUCUAUUUCUACAAGAGAAUCGAACCUUGGACCGUUUUCUGAAAAACCUAAAGGUUAAACCUUAAAUUAAAUAAUUAAUAGUAUUUACGGAAAAAUUGGAAAAUUGGAAUCAAUAAGCAACUUUACCUAUUUCAAAAUGUGCAAAUUGUACCGACCUUGUUGGU